CGAAUUUGAAUGUUCUCUGGUCCGAUCUACUACAACCAUACUGUGAGUGAUCACUCUGGUCACCACAGUGGCGAUAGGGGCGCCUCUCGCCCUUAUCCAGGCGACCUGUCGUCGCAGUAUGCCAUGAAAUAUGGUUGGAGUAUCAUUGAUGAUGUUAAGAUUUCUACCUUCGUUGGACACACGUUGUCCGGGUCCCGUAGAGGGACUGUUUGUGUUAAUACUGCCGAACCUCGUACUAUGCUUUUUGAAGGUCGGCGCUUCGGAAUAGGUCCGGAAGACUAUGUAAAAGUCGUCGUUGGGAGAUUUGAUUCCUGCCCGUCAGACUACCUCCCAACGAUCUUGUCACAUACCAGAUAUUCGGAUCGAAGAUCUACUAUUAUAAACGUACCAUCAAGCACAGAGACUGCUGACUUGUGUCGCAUUUUUACUUGGGCGAAGCUUUCGAGUGGUCAUACCUACAAUACUGGCGACGAAGAAAGUGAAGAAGAUGAUGUCUCUGGUAGAGUUGCUGAGGUCGCUGAUCAUAUAUGCACUGCCGCGACCGAGUGGUUGUGUUACUGGCUUGAGAAGUAUCAUGGGCCAUCGUCUCCAUCGUCGUCGUCAUCUUUCUCUACUGCGGCCUCGAGAACUCUGGCUAAGUCGCCAGGCCACAUUGAUGAUAACAAGAGUAGCACCUCUGAAGACACCACGAUCUCAUCAUUGACGGGAAGUUGGAUAAGUGACGAUACGGCUGAUUACAGGUUUCCCAGUACGGCGAGAACUGCGGGCCAAGCACUUCCUAAAGGGUUGAAGAGGUCACCAAGUGGGCGGCUGAGGACUGUCAUGGAUACUCUCACUGGGUCCGCCGCCGAGGCUGGUCGGGAUGAUAAAAANNNNUUAUUCGUAGAUCUCCCGUAUCUGGUGAGUGAAUACUAA